UGGAAUCCAUGAUGAAUUCUCAUCUCCAAGGGGCCACCCUGCAGGAUUUGGAGCAGAGGCGCCCCCAGUUGGAAGAACUCAUUACUGCUGCCCAGAAUUUGAAAAACAAGACCAGCAAUCAAGAGGCUAGAACAGUCAUUACUGAUCGAAUUGAAAGAAUUCAGAGUCAAUGGGAGGAAGUACAGGAGCACCUUCAGAGUCGGAGGCAACAAUUGAAUGACAUGUUAAAGGAUUCAACACAGUGGCUGGAAGCCAAGGAAGAAGCUGAACAGGUGUUGGGACAGGCCAGAGCCAAGCUUGAGUCGUGGAAGGAAGGCCCCUACACCAUGGACGCCAUCCAAAAGAAAAUCACAGAAACCAAGCAGUUGAACAAAGACCUCCGCCAGUGGCAGAUAAAUGUUGAUGUGGUAAAUGACUUGGCACUGAAACUUCUCCGGGAUUAUUCUGCAGAUGAUACCAGAAAAGUGCACAUGAUAACAGAGAACAUCAAUGCCUCUUGGGCAAGCAUUCAUAAAAGGGUGAGUGAGCGAGAGGCUACUCUGGAAGAAACUCAUCGAUUACUGCAACAGUUCCCCCUGGACCUGGAGAAGUUUCUUGCCUGGCUUACAGAAGCCGAAACCACUGCCAACGUCCUGCAGGAUGCCACCCAUAAACAAAGACUCCUGGAAGACUCCAAGGGAGUAAGAGAGCUAAUGAAACAAUGGCAAGACCUCCAAGGAGAAAUUGAAGCUCACACAGAUAUCUAUCACAACCUGGAUGAAAAUGGCCAAAAAAUCCUGAGGUCCCUGGAAGGUUCUGAUGACGCAGCCCUGUUACAAAGACGUUUGGAUAACAUGAACUUCAAGUGGAGUGAGCUGCGGAAAAAGUCUCUCAACAUUAGAUCCCAUUUGGAAGCCAGUUCUGACCAGUGGAAGCGUCUGCACCUUUCUCUGCAAGAACUUCUGGUGUGGCUCCAGCUGAAAGAUGAUGAGUUAAGCCGGCAGGCACCGAUUGGAGGCGAUUUUCCCACGGUUCAGAAGCAGAAUGAUGUACACAGGGCCUUCAAGAGGGAAUUGAAAACGAAAGAACCUGUAAUCAUGAGUACUCUUGAGACUGUACGAAUAUUUCUGACAGAACAGCCUUUGGAAGGACUAGAGAAACUCUACCAGGAACCCAGAGAGCUACCUCCUGAGGAGAGAGCCCAGAAUGUCACACGGCUCCUACGAAAGCAGGCUGAAGAGGUCAACAGUGAGUGGGAAAAAUUAAACCUGCAUUCCGCUGACUGGCAGAGAAAAUUAGACGAGGCCCUCGAAAGACUCCAGGAACUGCAGGAAGCCACGGAUGAGCUGGACCUCAAACUACGCCAAGCUGAAGUGAUCAAGGGAUCCUGGCAGCCCGUGGGUGAUCUCCUCAUCGACUCGCUCCAGGACCACCUUGAAAAAGUCAAGGCACUUCGAGGAGAAAUUGCACCUCUUAAAGAGAACGUAAGCCACGUCAAUGACCUUGCUCGCCAACUCACCACAUUGGGCAUUCAGCUGUCACCAUAUAACCUCAACACUCUGGAAGACCUGAACACCAGAUGGAAGCUUCUGCAGGUGGCCGUUGAGGACCGCAUCCGGCAGCUGCAUGAAGCUCACAGGGACUUUGGCCCAACGUCCCAGCACUUUCUUUCCACUUCUGUCCAGGGUCCCUGGGAGAGAGCCAUCUCGCCAAAUAAAGUGCCCUACUAUAUCAACCACGAGACCCAAACAACUUGCUGGGACCACCCCAAAAUGACAGAGCUCUACCAGUCUUUAGCUGACCUGAAUAAUGUCAGGUUCUCAGCUUAUAGGACUGCCAUGAAACUUCGAAGACUGCAGAAGGCCCUUUGCUUGGAUCUCUUGAGCCUGUCAGCUGCGUGUGAUGCCUUGGACCAGCACAACCUCAAGCAAAAUGACCAGCCCAUGGACAUCCUGCAGAUCAUUAAUUGUUUGACCACCGUUUAUGAUCGCCUGGAGCAAGAGCACAACAAUCUGGUCAACGUCCCCCUCUGCGUGGAUAUGUGUCUCAAUUGGCUGCUGAAUGUUUAUGACACGGGACGAACAGGGAGGAUCCGGGUCCUGUCUUUUAAAACUGGCAUUAUUUCUCUGUGUAAAGCACAUUUGGAAGACAAGUACAGAUACCUUUUCAAGCAAGUGGCAAGUUCAACAGGAUUUUGUGACCAGCGCAGGCUGGGCCUCCUUCUGCAUGAUUCGAUCCAGAUCCCAAGACAGUUGGGUGAAGUUGCAUCCUUCGGGGGCAGUAACAUUGAGCCGAGUGUCAGAAGCUGCUUCCAGUUUGCUAAUAAUAAGCCCGAGAUUGAAGCGGCCCUCUUCCUAGACUGGAUGAGACUGGAACCCCAGUCCAUGGUGUGGCUGCCCGUGCUGCACAGAGUGGCUGCUGCGGAGACUGCCAAGCAUCAGGCCAAGUGUAACAUCUGCAAGGAGUGUCCAAUCAUCGGGUUCAGGUACAGGAGUCUGAAGCACUUUAAUUAUGACAUCUGCCAAAGUUGCUUUUUUUCUGGUCGAGUUGCAAAAGGCCAUAAGAUGCACUAUCCCAUGGUGGAAUAUUGUACCCCGACUACAUCAGGAGAAGAUGUUCGCGACUUUGCCAAGGUACUAAAAAACAAAUUUCGAACCAAAAGGUAUUUUGCGAAGCAUCCCCGAAUGGGCUACUUGCCAGUGCAGACUGUCUUAGAGGGGGACAACAUGGAAACUCCUGUUACUCUGAUCAACUUCUGGCCGGUAGAUUCUGCGCCUGCCUCGUCCCCUCAGCUUUCACACGAUGAUACUCAUUCACGCAUUGAGCAUUAUGCUAGCAGGCUAGCAGAAAUGGAAAACAGCAAUGGAUCUUAUCUAAAUGAUAGCAUCUCUCCUAAUGAGAGCAUAGAUGAUGAACAUUUGUUAAUCCAGCAUUACUGCCAAAGUUUGAACCAGGACUCCCCCUUGAGCCAGCCUCGUAGUCCUGCCCAGAUCUUGAUUUCCUUAGAGAGUGAGGAAAGAGGGGAGCUAGAGAGAAUCCUAGCAGAUCUUGAGGAAGAAAACAGAAAUCUGCAAGCAGAAUAUGAUCGUCUGAAGCAGCAGCACGAACACAAAGGCCUGUCUCCACUGCCGUCCCCUCCUGAAAUGAUGCCCACCUCUCCCCAGAGUCCCCGGGAUGCUGAGCUCAUUGCUGAGGCCAAGCUACUGCGUCAACACAAAGGCCGCCUAGAAGCCAGGAUGCAGAUCCUGGAAGACCACAAUAAACAGCUGGAGUCCCAGUUACACAGGCUAAGGCAGCUGCUGGAGCAACCCCAGGCAGAGGCCAAGGUGAAUGGUACAACGGCCUCCUCUCCUUCUACCUCUCUUCAGAGGUCAGACAGCAGUCAGCCCAUGCUGCUCCGGGUGGUUGGCAGUCAAACUUCAGAAUCCAUGGGCGAGGAAGAUCUUCUCAGUCCUCCCCAGGACACAAGCACAGGGUUAGAGGAAGUGAUGGAGCAACUCAACAACUCCUUCCCAAGUUCAAGAGGAAGAAAUACCCCUGGGAAGCCAAUGAGAGAGGACACAAUGUAGGAAGCCUUUUCCACUUGGCAGAUGAUUUGGGCCGAGCGAUGGAGUCCUUAGUUUCAGUCAUGACAGAUGAAGAAGGAGCAGAAUAAAUGUUUUACAACUCCUGAUUCCCGCAUGGUUUUUAUAAUAUUCAUACAACAAAGAGGAUUAGACAGUAAGAGUUUACAAGAAAAAAAAAUCUAUAUUUUUGUGAAGGGUAGUGGUACUAUACUGUAGAUUUCAGUAGUUUCUAAGUCUGUUAUUGUUUUGUUAACAAUGGCAGGUUUUACACGUCUAUGCAAUUGUACAAAAAAAAGUUAUAAGAAAACUACAUGUAAAAUCUUGAUAGCUAAAUAACUUGCCAUUUCUUUAUAUGGAACGCAUUUUGGGUUGUUUAAAAAUUUAUAACAGUUAUAAAGAAAGAUUGUAAACUAAAGUGUGCUUUAUAAAAAAAAGUUGUUUAUAAAAACCCCUAAAAACAAACACAUGCGCACACACACACACACACACACACACACACACACACACACACACUUUGAGGCAGCGCAUUGUUUUGCAUCCUUUUAGCGUGAUAUCCACACGAAAUUCAUGGCUUUUCUUUUCUUGCAUAUUAAAGAUAGGAUUUCCUCUAACACCACCAAAUGACUUCACGUUGCUCUUUUUGGAAUUGUUGACUGAGUGGAACUAGCUGUGGGUUUUCAUGUUACAUCUAUAUGUCUAUAAGUAUGUCGAUACUAUAGGUAUAUAGAUAAAUAGAUCGAAAUUUCAAGAGACCUUUUCAAUUCCUUGUUCAAAUGUUCCUGACACUUGCUAUUGGAAAGAAAUUGCUUCCGGUCAUCCUGGCUUAGCCACUUGGUCUGGAAUGACUUUUCCCUGGAGACUGAAGCCAGAGGGAAACUACUACAUGAAAACAUUGUCUGAGGCUCCAGAUGUUUCUUACUUGAACGUUUCCAAUGACAACUAGAGGAUUGCUUUUUUUUUUCCAAAAGGAACAUAUGAAUGAGUGAGUACGCGGGACUUAUUAUGUCAGAAAAAUCCAUUGGUUGAUAUAGUCAGCUUUCUGCUGUUGACCAUGCCACGAUUUAGAUUUCAUGAUGCUUCAGUGGAAGUCAGCAGCAGAAGGCAUCAUAAACUCCCAGAGACGAGGAGGGUUCUGGGUUCCCAGCCGAUCCCUCUGAGGGAGUAGGCCACUCUUGAAUGGCCAAAGGAUCGGAUGAAUGUUCAUAACCAUACAUAGAGAUCUUUAUAAUUACAAUGAAAUGAUUCUUCCCUCUUCUCACAAUCAAACAGAAGUUGGGUAUCUUGGUUUUUCUUUGUUGUUUUCUUUAAGAUAUUUUUUCCCAUUGCAGUGAGUUUUUAAAAUGCCACAAGACUUACUUUAAAACAACCCUUGGGAAAUGUAAGACAAGUAGCCCCAUCACACUGUGAUACUGUUAAAUAUCCACCCAGAAUUUCAUGAACUCUGCUUCCUUCCUUCACAUUUCUCUACAAGUAGUAAUUCCACACAGGCUUGUAAGUGGGAAUGCAGAUUGAUUCAAAUAUUCCAAAAGGUACUCCCAACCCUGUGUGGUGGAUUAGGCAGGUUAAAUCUAUGAACAAACAAACAUUGUUCAAAAAGAGGAGAAAAACUCAAGAGGACUAACGUAGGAAAAAGCUUUACUCUUUCAUUUCAUCUUAGUGUGAUUUUUAAAAAUCAUUCAAUAGAAAUCACCGUGUGACCUAUUAUUUUGCAAAUCUGUUACCUCUUACAUCAAGUGUAAUUAACUUUGGGAGAGUGGGUUUUGUCCAUUAUUUUAUUAAUGAUAAUUAACAUCAAACAUGGCUUCUCAUGCUAUUUCUACCUCACUUUGGUUUUGGGGUGUUCCUAAUAAUUGUGCACACCUGAUUUCACAGCUUCACCACUUGUCCAUUGUGUGAACAUUUUUCUCCAUUUUCUUUUUCUUUUUUUAAUUUCCAAAAGAAAACCCAAAGCUCUAAGGUAACAAAUUACAUGAAGAUUUUAUUUCUGUCUUGCAUUUUUUUCCUUUAUGUGACUCUGGACUUUUUUCUUUAUCUGAGGAUUUUUUUUGAACCAUGAUUUAAAACAAGGGGUUCCCUCCUACUAAGAAGUUUAAGUUUCAUUCUAAAAUCAGAGAUAAGUAGAGUGCAUAAUUUUGUUUUAAUCUUUUGUUUUAUCUUUUAGACAUUAGUUCUGGAGUGAGUCUGUCAAAAUAUAUGAAUAAAAAUUGAGAGCUUUAUUGCUACGUUUUAAGCAUAAUUUGGACAUUAUUUCGUGUUCUUUAUAACCACCGAGUAUUAAACUGUAAAUCAUAAUCAAUGUAACUGAAGCAUAAACAUCACAUGGCAUGUUAUCUCAUUGUUUUCAGGUACUGGGUUCUUACUUGAGUAUCAUAAUAUAUUGUGUUUUAACACCAACACUGUAACAUUUACUAAUUAUUUUUUUAAACUUCAGUUUUACUGCAUUUUCACAACAUAUCAGACUUCACCAAAUAUAUGCCUUACUAUUGUAUUAUAUUACUGCUUUACUGUGUAUCUCAAUAAAGCACGCAGUUAUGUUACA